CUGCAUGUUGCGUUACAGCUUUCGACUUAAAGCCUGAGCUGAGAUCUCUCUCUCCCAAUGACACUUCGAACUCCUUUCAGACGCCUUGCCAACCUGAAUCUUGGCUCUCUUCUUACUCGAAACCAACCCGUCCUCCCGCGAACAACUACCUCUCGACACAACACAAGACUACUCAGCAACACCAGAUCCCUCAACAUGUCAAACGACGACGAUUACAUGGCUUUCCUGAACAAGGCCAACCAAGACACCGGCGCUGGUGCCGCGACUCAAGAAAAGGCUACCUUCAAGACAAAGGACCAGGGCGCUCAAGUCCCCAAACCCAUCAGUGACGUGUGCAAGAACGCCGUAUACACAUCCGACGCAGACGAGCCCUUCCAAGAGGUUUCUCUCAAGUGGGAGGGCAAGAAUGGUCUCCCCAGCGAGACCGAAUUCGCCAAACUCAUCAACCACUCCUCCCCCGACUCGGCAGACAUCAGGAUCCUUGAUCCUCUCAACUGGGACUCUCACGGCAAAUACACCGACGUCAUCGAGGCUGUUCGAGAAGCCUCGCAGGGUAACGAUGUUCGUGUAUAUCAAGUGUCGAGAGACGCUACGAGGACCGAGUAUUGGGUUGUUUCGCACGCUGACGGUAAGCUGAUUGGUGCUAAGGCACUCUCUGUUGAGAGCUGAGCGCGUACCGGUGGACAUGUAAUGAUAUUUUGAGCGUUUGCUACGAGAAAUUUAUGAAUUAGCGUAACGAGUACGUCUGAAUCUGCUGUAUUUGUUGACUCGUGUCAGACUUCCCGUGUGUAAAGGCAUGGAUGGAGCACAACUG